AUGAUGACAUUUAUGGAUCUAACAUAGCUUCUUCAAUAGUGCAUAAAACUCUCAUCGUAGAUUCAAGAAACCUUGGAUUAAAAGGUUUUUAAAGAAAUAAAAGGGAAAUUCCUGUAAAAUUCAAUAAGUAUGACACUAGCAAGUAAUUAAAAAUUUGCGCAUAGUCUUACAUACUUCGUGUAUCUCAGUAUCAAAGCAGGCUUCUAUGACAUCGAUCUAUCGACAUUUUUCUUGGAGUAGCUGAAGAAUUUAGAAAACUUAAAUUAACUAGAAAUGGAAAGUUUAGUCAUGGUGAUUUCAAGUUUAUCAACACUUCAAAGUCUUCCAAACAAAAAUAAAGACAGAACUUUUUUGAAUCAAAUAGCUUAAGAAUAGCAAAAAAGAGUGAUGAUACAAGGAUUCUAUAAUAAGAAUAAUGAAAUUAAAGAGUAUUUAUAAAAAGAAGUAUCGCUUGGGGAGAGAAUUGUGAAACUGACUCUUAUGACUAAAGCGGUAACACACAACAAAGAAUUCGAUGCAACUAUUUUUGAACCAUAUGGCAAAGAUUUACUCAAAAACAUUAUCUAGAUAGGAAAAGAGCAAUUAAAUUCUUUUCUUGAAGAACCAGAUUCAAGCAAUCUUAAUCUCAUUACCAGUGCAAAUUUUUUAUAAGUUCUAUGCUUCAAUAUCCACCCAACUUAAAUAAAUGAUUAAUACAGCUAGAGUCUAACAAAGCUAGACUAGCAUGAUGAUUCCUCUAUCUAUAAUCUAAUACUCGAAACACUAAUAAUUUUAUUGCAAGGCGAGUUCUCUAAGAACUAGAGAAAUUAGUUAAUGAUAACACUAUACAGUCUAAAAGCAUAUGCUUAAUUUGAAUAAGCUAGACUCUAGAUGAUUGCUUAGGAUAAUUAAAUCAUGGUUACUACAGUUGUUAUAGAAAACGAAUUACUCAAAUAAUGCUACAUCUCUUUUAUCCUUUAAGUCAUGAAUAAUGUAGAGAAAAUCAUUAGCGAAUCUGAAACUGACUUCAUUAGGAUAAUGUUUGAGUUAUGCUAGAAAAAGAUACUCCCAGCUUACUUCAUCAAAGAUCCUAAAAUCUAAGAAUAUAUAAAUUAACUUGAUUUAAAGAAAUUGAGCUUAAGAAAUAGACAAGAUUUCUUUUGCCUAGGUCAUAUUUUAUCAAAUUCUUUGAUCUUUACAAAUUUUGAUCACAGUAUAGUAGAAAAAUAUAAAUAACAACUAAGUGAGACAGUAAAAUCUUUAAGACCAGAUUAAGGUUUGAUGUAAGAAAUAAAUUCUUAGAAACUCAUGGCAGAAAUUCAUGCUUCAACAGAUAAAGAAAAAGUUGAAAAACAAGAAUUGUUUCAUGCACUUAAGAUUUUAGGAAAGUUUGAUAGAAAAGAAGAUUUUUAAGCUUAAAAAGAGAAAGAUUAAACGGUUAGAAAUAAAUUUGACAAUUAUAAUACCCACAAAAACAGCUAAAUUAAGUAUUAAACUGAUGGUAUGUCAAAGUAGAAUGUCUAAUUUAGAGAACAAAAUAGCCAAUAAUAAUUUGAUUAUAAUAAGCAAUCUACAAUUUAAUCAAAUGAGCCUAAGAUUUCAUCGCUAUUUAAAAAAAGCAAAGGAAAUUAAUCUUAGUAUAAUAAAAGUAAAAAUAGAUCCUAAAAUAAUAACAAUACUGAAUUUGAUUGA